GUAGGGAGGAGGAGGCGGUCGAACCGCGUCGCUGGGCCGGGCCGGGCCGAGCCGAACGCGAGCGCUACCCGCGGCCGGGACCGUAGCCCGAGCCCGAGCCGCGGCCGCCGCCAUGCGCUGGGUCCGGGCUCUGCUGAAGAAUGCGUCCCUGGCAGGGGCGCCCAAGUACAUCGAGCACUUCAGCAAGUUCUCCCCGUCGCCCCUGUCCAUUAAGCAGUUUCUGGACUUCGGUUCCAGCAAUGCCUGUGAGAAGACCUCCUUCACCUUCCUCCGGCAGGAGCUGCCUGUGCGCCUGGCCAACAUCAUGAAAGAAAUCAACCUGCUUCCGGACCGCGUCCUCAGCACGCCCUCCGUGCAGCUGGUGCAGAGCUGGUACGUGCAGAGUCUCCUGGACAUCAUGGAGUUCCUGGACAAGGACCCCGAGGACCAGCGUACCCUGAACCAGUUCACCGAUGCCCUGGUCACCAUCCGGAACCGGCACAACGACGUGGUGCCCACCAUGGCGCAGGGUGUGCUCGAGUACAAGGACACCUACGGCGACGACCCGGUCUCCAACCAGAACAUCCAGUAUUUCCUGGACCGCUUCUACCUCAGCCGCAUCUCCAUCCGCAUGCUCAUCAACCAGCACACCCUCCUCUUUGACGGCAGUACCAACCCAGCCCACCCCAAACACAUUGGCAGCAUCGACCCCAAUUGCAACGUCUCUGAGGUGGUAAAAGAUGCCUACGACAUGGCCAAGCUGCUGUGUGACAAGUACUACAUGGCCUCACCUGAGCUAGACAUCCAGGAGGUGAAUGCAGCCAACUCCAAACAACCAAUCCACAUGGUCUAUGUGCCCUCCCACCUCUACCACAUGCUCUUUGAACUCUUCAAGAACGCCAUGCGGGCCACUGUGGAGAGCCAUGAGUCCAGCCUCGUCCUCCCUCCCAUCAAGGUCAUGGUGGCCUUAGGCGAGGAGGAUCUGUCCAUCAAGAUGAGUGACCGAGGUGGGGGCGUCCCCUUGAGGAAGAUUGAGCGUCUCUUCAGCUACAUGUACUCGACAGCUCCCACCCCCCAGCCGGGAACUGGGGGGACCCCGCUGGCUGGCUUCGGCUACGGGCUCCCCAUUUCCCGCCUCUAUGCCAAGUACUUCCAGGGGGACCUGCAGCUCUUCUCCAUGGAGGGCUUUGGGACCGACGCUGUCAUCUAUCUCAAGGCCCUGUCCACGGACUCAGUGGAGCGCCUGCCCGUCUAUAACAAGUCAGCCUGGCGCCACUACCAGCCCAUCCAGGAGGCCGGCGACUGGUGUGUGCCCAGCACGGAGCCCAAGAACACGUCCACGUACCGGGUCAGCUAGGGACCACCCUCCCCUGCCUCAGAGGACAGAUGGCCGUCUCUGGGUCCGGCCACCAGUGACCUCUCCACCAUCAGGGACGGGGCGGGGGCGGGUAGUGGGUUCUCCCUGUGACCAGGUCUGUUUCUGGGAACAUCACUGUGGUGGCUGGUCUGUGGCAGUCUCUAAGUGCCAAUCUGUCUCCGUGGGGACUCGCAGGGGGUCUCCCUGGUGUCUAGUCUCUGUGGCCGGCUCACCCCAGCGGGUGGUCCCAUGGCAGCUCUUGACAACUGGGCUGUCAUGUUUCUGCCAGGGGUCCUGGGUCCCACUCACUGCCCUCCACAGCUGUGGCCUCCAUGUGGCUGCCCCUGCUUGCCUGUGCCCCGGUGCACACGGGCACCUUGGCCCUGGCCCGUGGUCAGUGUUAGGAAGGUGGGGCAGGGCCCCCGGAUCUGGGAAUUAGGCAGCCAAGGGCUUGCAACUCUGAUCCCUGGCAGCUUCCCACUCUAGGUUGGGCCUUAAGGUCAAGGUCAGCCAGAGCUGGGUGGGGGGAGGGCUUCACAGAGAGCCCACCUGAAAGUGCAGGAACCUAGCUGUGCUGCUCGAGGCCCCGCAGGUGGCCUUGGCAACAUGGGCUGCUGCCUCUGGAGCCUUCCCUGCAUGUCCUGUCACACACGCCCCUCCCCCUGCCUGCCACACACUUCGCUCCCGCCCCGUGUACCUCGCUAGAUUGAUAGCCCUGGAUGCCCCACCCCCUCCCCGCAGCACACCGGGGGUUAAAGCUGUGUGCUGUGACUGAAGUGACAGUGACAUCUACAGUAAAGAGACUGAAUGAGA